AUGAACAGCGCACAGGUCUUUCAAAUGUUCCGCUCUUGCAGGAAUACCGUCCCCGUCCGAGGAGCGACGAGAACCGCGCUGUCUGCCGCGCGCCGGAGAGCAGCCACAGCUGGCGUCCGGUACUACUCAGACGACAAGUCGGGUACAAGCGAGGCGUCCGAGGCCAAGGCAGAGGGGGAGGGCGAAGCUGCCAGCACAUCGUCGGCAACAUCGGAGAUAGGGGAGAAGUUGAAGAAGAAAGAGGCUGAAGUCGUCGACCUGACUAGCCGGUUACGGUAUCUUCAGGCAGACUUCCUGAACCUGCAGCGUAAUGCUGCGAGGGACAAAGAGCAAACGAAAGACUUCGCCAUUUCGCGCUUCGCCUCCGACCUUCUCGAGACUGUUGACGUCCUUGCGCUCGCGCUAAAAUCCGUCCCGCAAUCCGCCCUCUCUUCCCCUUCAUCCACCGGCGACGCGUCGUCACAGCCGUCCACCCCCGCAGCGCCGGCUGACAAACCGGCAGAGGCUCACCUUAACGAGUUAUACACCGGAGUCGAGAUGACACAUCGACUGCUUCUGCAGACUCUCUUCAAAUACAGCGUGAAGCCGUUCGACCCGACCGGUGACAAAUUCGACCCGAACCGGCAUGAAGCUCUCUACCAGGCGCCGAUCCCUGACAAGGAGCCCGGCACCGUGUUUGACUGCCAAAAGAUUGGGUACACGAUCAAGGAUCGUGUCUUGCGUGCAGCGCAGGUCGGCGUUGUACAAGACCGGUCAUAG